AUGCAAUUCUCGAUGAGGAAGGUUGACAAAGCAUUGCUGAGCUUGUUGAUUGCAACACUUUCCGAUGAGGCGAUUGAAUACGUGAUCAGAUCUAAGACUACCUUUGAGGCGUGGAUGAAUUUGACGGAUCGAUAUGCUACUUUGUCUAGUGCUCGUGUGAAUCUCUUGAAGACAAAGCUUCAAACUGCUAAAAAAGGCACUGAUUCUAUCGAGAAGUUCUUACUUCACCUCAAACAUGUCCGUGAUCAGCUUGCUGUCGGUCCUCCUAAGUCUGGUAUUGUUCCAGAAUGCCAAUUUUUCAGUAAGAGAGGUCAUAUAGCCACAAAUUGCUUUUUUCGCAAUUUUACCCCAUCUCAAGGCUCCUCUGUUACUGAGUGUAAAAUUUGUGGCAAGAAGGGCCAUGGUGCAUUGGAUUGCUAUCAUCGUUCCAACUAUGCCUAUCAGGGAUCUCCUCCACCAUCAUCUCUCACUGCUAUGGCUGCUCAAGCUUCUUUCUCUCCUGAUGCAGUGUGGAUUGCUGAUAGUGGAGCGAGUCACCAUGUGGUGCCACACAUGACUACAAUGCAUAAUGUUACACCUUGUAAUUCAGCUGAGAAUGUUGUAGUGGGCAGUGGGGAAGGUUUGCACAUUGCUCAUAUUGGCAAAUCUCAUAUUCCCACUGUCUCUUCUUCUCUUAAUCUCUUUAAAGUCACCAACAAGAUGCUUCUCCAGGGCAAGAGUGAUCAUGGCUUGUAUCUUAUUCCUACCUCUUUAUCCUCAGUUGGUUCAAGUAGUAGUAGUUCAGUUGGUGCUAGCAGUCGAGCCUCUCAGUCACAGACAAGUGCUCAGCAACACCGCAUAUCUUUGACUACCUCACCUUGUUAUAGUUCAACAGUUCUAUCACCUAUUCCUGUGAUGUUAACUACAUCUGCUACAUCACCUUCAGUGCCCGCUUCUCAUAGUUCCUCUAGUGCUCCUAGUAUUACACCUCCAGAAUUGUUAGCCUCUCUUGAGUUGUUUCAGCCUGAGCCUUAUAUACUAGUUCUGUCUGAGCAGCAAUUACAAGUUCUUCUACCUUCUAUUGAUUCUAUUAGUUCUUUUUCUACUGCUUCUGUGCAACCAAGUGUUCCUGUUGAAUCUGCUCCGGUAGGCCCUUCUCAUUCUAUGCUUACUCGGUCCAAAACUGGGGUUGUUAAAAAGAAGGAUUUUUCUGACUACAAGUGUUACACUAGUAUCCAUGAUACUACUUUUAUGGAUGAACCUUCUAGCUAUCGUGUUGCUUCUUUUUCGGCUGAUUGGACCAAGGCCAUAGAUGAAGAGAUUUCAGCAUUAUAG